GUGUUAAUGUUAUGCAUAGUUAAGACUACAAAUGGCCACCUGUGGUGACGUCAUGGAGCGAUAGGCUUAAGUAGUCCAGGUGAGGCUGAUUGUGGUAAUGAAGUCUGGCUGGAUGUUUGGUGAUCCGGGAAUAAACUGAUAACGAUGAUACAGUUCGACUCAGCGCAUUUUUCUUAAAAACACGACAUGGUGUCAGGAGUGCUGUAGUGUAAAUCAUCGGAGGCUGCAAUUCUACCGGAGAGAUGGCUGAUGACAACGUACAGGGAGUCGCUUCUGCUGGUCCAUGUGCAACGUUCAGCAUUCAGCCGCCGGAAUCUUUCGACUUCACAAAGCCGCAGGAGUGGGCCAAGUGGAUACGGUGAUUCGAACGGUUUCGUUUGGCAAGUAACUUGAAUUCUAGUUCUCAGGAGAAUCAAGUUAACACGCUCAUUUAUUGCAUGGGAGACGAGGCAGAUGAUGUUCUGCGGGGAUUAGCAUUACCACCUGACCAAAGAAACACGUAUCAAGGAGUUCGUGAUGGAUUUCAAGCUUUCUUCGUUGUUAAGAAAAAUGUCAUUUAUGAGCGAGCCAGGUUUAACAUGCGCAAACAAGAGGAGCAUGAAACCGUAGAUGCCUUUGUUACUUCACUGUAUGCGCUAGCAGAACAUUGUAGUUAUGGAGCGCUACAUGAUGAACUGAUUCGUGACAGACUGGUGGUGGGAUUGCAGGAUAAAAGAUUAUCUGAGCGUAUGCAGCUCGACCCAGAUUUGACACUGGAAAAGGCCAUUAAUUCGGCGAGACAAAGUGAAGAGGUGAAACGGCAGCAAUCCUGUCUGCGUAGUGGCAUCAGAUCGGAGACAGAAAAUGGAAAAUCUGUCGACAGGGUGUACAAAAGCAGUGUUAAGCAUGCCAAGGCUAAAUACCAACCUAAGUUGCACACUACUACAAAUAAUAAAAGGGAGAUUUCUCAAUGUUAUAAGUGUGGCUGCUCUCCAUCCCAUCCCAAACGUGAUUGUCCGGCAAAUGGGGAGAACUGUCAUUUAUGUGGGAAAAAGGGACAUUAUAAGAGGGUGUGUAGGACGCUCAAGACUGUACAUGCUGUCGAAAAAGAUGACUCUUUGUUUUUAGGCAGUAUUACCAAGGGAGAUGAGCCUUGGAGGGUGGAUGUUGAAAUAAAUAAAAGAAACAUCUCAUUCAAGAUUGACACUGGUGCUGAUGUUACGGUCCUGCCAUACGCCAUGUACAGAGACAUCUAUAGAGACAAGAGUCCCCCCCCCCCUGAAAAAAGCUACCAGGCAGCUGCUAGGACCAGGGAGAAAUGCACUGGAUAUUGUGGGGGUUGCUGAGAUGUUAAUGAAAAAGGGAGAAAAGGAGAUACAAGAAAGUGUGUAUAUUAUGAGACACCUGCAAACUGCACUUUUGGGUAGACCAGCCAUUCAGAAGCUGGAGCUUGUAGCUAGAUUAAAUGAGAUAACUGCUGUAACAUUAAAAACUAGCUAUCCAAAGCUAUGCAGUGGUUUGGGAGAAGUGAAACAGCCUUAUGCCAUCAAACUGAAACCAGGAGCUCAACCAUUUUCAUUAAAGACGCCCAGAAGGAUUCCACUUCCUUUGAUGGACAAAGUCAAGCAAGAACUGUCCCGUAUGGAAAGUUUGGGGGUGAUUAGCAGAGUUGAGGAGCCAACUGAUUGGUGCUCAGGAAUGGUGGUUGUUCCUAAAAAGACAGGGGCUGUACGCAUAUGUGUUGAUCUCACCAAGCUGAAUGAGUCUGUGUGCAGAGAGAAGUAUAUUCUUCCCUCUGUAGAUGAAACACUCGGUAAGUUAGCAGGAGCUAACAUUUUCAGUAAAUUAGAUGCUAAUAUGGGGUUCUGGCAGAUCCCUUUAACUGAAGAUACUGCAAAAUAUACAACUUUUAUUACACCUUUUGGUCGUUAUUAUUUUAAACGGCUACCCUUCGGUAUAGCUUCUGCCCCUGAGCAUUUCCAGAACAGAAUGGUAACAGAGGUUACGGAGGGAUUAGAGGGUGUAGUUUGCCACAUGGAUGAUGUGUUGGUGUGGGGGAGAACACAGGAGGAGCAUGAUGCUCGUCUGUAUACCAUUCUUGGAAAGAUUCAAGAAGCCGGUAUUACACUGAACAUUGAUAAAUGUGAUCUUUCAAAGCAGAGUGUAACAUUUUUGGGCCAUAUUAUUUCUGUUAAUGGAGUUAGUCCUGAUCCAAAUAAAACAGAAGCUGUGAGAAAGAUGAAAGAACCAAGAAAUGUGAGUGAACUAAGAAGUUUCCUUGGAAUGGUUAACCAGCUGGGGAGGUUUAUUCCAAAGUUGGCAGAGCGAGACAAGCCUUUGAGGGAUCUCUUGUCAAAGAAAAACUGUUGGAUAUGGGGAGUUGAUCAAGCUAGAGCAUUUCAAGAACUGAAAGAUUUGCUUUCAUCCCCGCCAGUGUUAGCCAUGUACGAUACUAACCGAGAAUGUAAGGUUUCAGCAGAUGCGUCAGCUUAUGGUCUGGGGAGUGUGCUGCUCCAAAAGUGGGGUCAGGAGUGGAGACCUGUUGCAUACGUGUCACGAUCUCUCACACAGACUGAGCAGAGAUAUGCACAAGUGGAAAAAGAAGCUUUAAGUCUUACUUGGGCUUGUGAAAGAUUCAGUAAUUAUCUCGUUGGCAAACAUUUCCAAAUGGAGACAGAUCAUAAACCACUUCUGAGUCUUUUGGGUUCCCAGAUGUUAGAUGAUCUUCCACCACGUAUUCAGCGUUUUAGAAUCCGUCUCAUGAGAUAUUCUUAUUCCAUCUCAUAUGUGCCAGGGAAACAUCUGUGGACAGCUGAUACGCUGUCACGUGCUCCUAUGAUAGAAAAUUUAUCAACAACUGAAGCAAAGUUGGUUGACGAUUCAAAUAUUUAUGUGGAUAAUGUGAUCCAAAACCUGCCUGCAAGCACUGGCUACCUUGAGGAGCUGAGACAGGAGCUGACGAGGGAUAGUAUAUGUGCCCGUGUGAUGCAGUUGUGUGAGGAAGGAUGGCCUACACACUACAACAGUGAACCAGCACUCAGACUGUAUUGGGCUGAAAAGGCAUUUCUUACGGUGAAUGAUGGUCUUUUGUUAAGAGGAGAAAGACUUGUUAUUCCUUCAACUAUGAGAAAUGAUGUGCUCAUGAAAUUACAUGAGGGACAUCAGGGAGUGGUGAAAUGCAGAGAACGUGCACAGCAGUCAGUGUGGUGGCCUGGACUGGGUCAGCAGCUAAAAGAACUGGUUCUAAAAUGCCACACCUGCAACAGAGAGAAAGAGAAUCCCACAGAGCCAUUGAUGCCAUCACAGUAUCCGGACAGACCAUGGCAAAAACUUGGGGCCGAUCUGUUUACUUUGCAAGGGAAAAAUUAUAUUCUGGUUGUGGAUUAUGCAUCAAGAUUUGUGGAAAUUGCUCAACUGAGUCCCACAAGAUCAGCAGAUGUGAUUCCUCACCUGAAAUCUGUGUUUGCACGUCACGGCAUUCCAGAAGUAAUGAUCACAGAUAAUGGUCCUCAGUUUUCCUGUGCUGCUUUUGCUACAUUUGCUAAGUUAUAUGGGUUUAGCCAUAUUACAAGUAGCCCAAGAUAUCCACAAAGUAACGGGGAAGCUGAACGUGCAGUUAAAACCAUAAAGAACUUGUUGAAGAAAGCAGCUGAUCCAUAUCUAGCCUUACUCGCCUACCGAGCAACCCCACUUUGGAGUGGGUACAGUCCGGCGGAGCUCCUUAUGGGAAGAAGGCUUCGCACGACUGUGCCAACACUUCCAUCUUUGUUGAGGCCAGUUCUUCCAGACAGUAAGUUCAUUGCUCAAAAAGAAAAGGAGAGAAGGAUAAAGGAUGCAGAGAGAUAUGAUUCACGCCACAGAGCAAGAGUUCUUAGUAAACUUACUCCAGGACAAGGCGUGUGGAUUAAAGAUCAAGGCACAAGCGGAGCAGUGGUUACCAGUCAUUCUACUCCACGGUCAUACAUUGUGGAAGGACCCCAUGGAUUGAUUAGGCGAAAUCGUCGUCAUUUGGUUACCAUGGAGCCUUCGACAGAGCCAGAAGUACCGGAAGGUGAUGUUGGUGCAGAACAAGUUCCACCGAGUUCUGAGGAAUCUUCACAGCAGAGCUUUCCUGAACUUUCACCUACUCCUAGAACCAGGUUUGGGAGACGGGUUGUGAAACCAGAUAGACUGAAUUUGUAGCUAAGGAAAAUAAAAUGAUUGAUGUAAAUGUUAUGCUAAAAAUUUAAAUAUAUAUUUCUAUUUCUAUUUAUUGUAGCUUUUUCUUCUAGCUCUAGGUAGAAACAGACCUUCCAGCUAUAGAGGCAGAAUAAUCCUCUAAGGUCUGUUGAAUCAAUGGUAGUCUACCCAUUGAUUCUAGAGAGGGGAGAUGUGGUGUUAAUGUUAUGCAUAGUUAAGACUACAAAUGGCCACCUGUGGUGACGUCAUGGAGCGACAGGCUUAAGUAGUCCAGGUGAGGCUGAUUGUGGUAAUGAAGUCUGGCUGGAUGUUUGGUGAUCCGGGAAUAAACUGAUAACGAUGAUACA